AUGGCUUCUGAUUUGGAGGACUAUCCAGAAUUGAGUGAUUUAUUUGUGCAAAGCGAGCGAAUGUCCUCAGAAUUUCACUCAAACACUCAACAACUCAUAAGGGAAGGCUAUUUUGGACAAGUAUUCAAAGUGACAAAUAUACUCGAUGGCAACGAUUAUGUCGUCAAUAUAAUCACAAUUAAAGAAAAUAUUGGACUCACAGGGACUUUACGAGAGUCCUCGUGGCUCGAAACCAGUCACAAAGGCAAGGAUCUGGUGCUAACAGUGCACAUACAGAUGGAUUUAUGGUGGUUCACACUGGAGGAGGCCAUUCACAAAAUGCGUACACACUUUGACCGACAAGUCAAUCAAUUCCUGCCAACUCUGGGCUAUUAUAUGGCCUCAGAAUUAUUCGUUGAAAUACUUGAAGCCAUUGAUUAUUUGCAUAGUCGUGAGCCGCCUAUUAUGCACCGGGAUAUUCAACCCAAAAACAUAUUGAUCAAGGGUAGUCCGUACGGAAAGUUUGUAAAAUUGGCUGACUUAGACCCAGUACCUGGGCACCUGAAAGAGUACUGGGCCCAUACAAGUCAUGCGAGUGGUUGUACUGACAAUUAUAUGGCGCCCGAGUUUAGGGUGAGUCGCUAUUAUGGCACGAAAGCCGAUAUGUAUAGCAUUGGGGCUACGGUUAACGAGUUGUUCAACUUUGACCAAUACAGUCUCUUUCUCUCUCUCUCUCACUGUCGUGUAGUCCACAACCAAAGGAUGAUAACUACGUGA